AUGGACACCUAAAAAUAAGUAUAAAUUACAGAUUAGCUCGUAGAAUCACUUAAGCCUGCUCUUAUUUUCAAAAAUUUUGUAAACCUAAAGUAGAAUAACUAACUUUCAUAGUAAAAAGAAGUUAACUCAAUCGACAUAUCUCACGAUGGGAAGUAUUUGGUAGCAGGAUGCGAAGAUAACUCAGUUUCCCUCUAUGAUUUAGAGAGGGGAGAGAAGGUAAAUACCUAUUACAGCAAAAGGUAUGGAGUAGAUUUGGUUAGAUUCACUCAUCAUAACAAAUGUAUCUUAUGCGCAAGUAAACGGGAUAACAAUUACAGAAUAAUGUAUUGGUCAUUGCAUGAUAAUAAUAUAUUGUGUUCAUUUGUGGGACAUACUGAUACAAUAACUCAUAUUGACUUAAACCCAUUAAAUAGUACUUUUGUUUCAUGCUCUAAGGACAAUUCUACAAGAGUAUGGGAAUAUGAAAAGAAGUAAUGCAUCAUCAGAGUUAACAAGUCGAGAGCAGCUUGCUUCGAUAACACGGGAAAUGUACUUGCUUGCCUUUUCAUCAAGGAGGAUAAAAAUGACAGUCAAAUUUAGCAGAUUCACCUCUUCAAUGCAGGAAACUAUGAGAGUAAACCUUUUAGUAUAUUCAACCUAGAGGAGUUGCCUGAGAUAAAGUUUCUUAAAUUUUCAUCGAAUGGCUAGUUUAUAAUGCUUGGUUCAUCAGAAAAUAUAAUCGUGCUAAUCGAUGCAUAUGAAGGAAAAUAGUUACAUAAAUUCAAUGCUAACUUCAAUGAAACAGGCACACCUUUAGAGGCUGGAUUCACUCCGGAUUCUAGGUAUGUGAUAACAGGCUCUGACAAUAAAAAGAUUAUUUUUUGGAAUAUCGAGACUGGUCGGGAGAUCUAGUUGAUGGAGUUUCAUCCUAGCACAGUAGCAUGUGUCAAAUUCUCACAUGUCUAUUGUAUGCUAAUCAGUGCAUGCUAAAACUUGGUGGUUUGGAUUCCUGAAAGAGCUUUCAAUUGA